CGGCCAAAUCGGCAAAUCCGUUGACUUGGCACCUCGGUCUACACUGCAGACGAGAAAUCAAGUCUUCAUCAUUGAUCAUUCACCCACCGUUGAUGGUGGUGGUUCUCUUAUUCUCUCUUCUCAUUCAACACCUAAAUUUUCAUUACCCACGAAACCCUCUCAAUUUCAUUACCCAUAAAUUAAAUCUGUAGUUUUAUCUCUAUAAUCUGUAUGUAAAGAAAUGGACGAACACCUUCAAGCAGUUUUAGCCGCCAUGGCCAGUUUCUUUUUGGUGACUUUAAUUCUAUUCAUUAUCUUGGUAAUUUGUAAAAGCGGCUCAAACCGACACCGUGUUGACAGCUCUAUUUCCCGGGACCGUACCCGUAAUCGGGGCCAAACAAGGAGCAUAACAGUUCCCAAAACAGAGCUCUCCUCAACAUCAGUAAGUGAAAGCGCGACUUUUGACCCGGAUUUAAACCGGAUAUCCAUGCAGGAACUCAUCCACGCGACACGUAACUUCUCGCCGGAUCUUAUCAUUGGGGACGGUAGCUUCGGCCUCGUGUACAAGGCCCGACUCAACUCCGGCACGGUCGUUGCCGUUAAAAAACUGGACGCGGAUGCUUUUCAGGGCUACAGGGAGUUUCGGGCCGAAAUGGAAACUUUAGGAAAGAUCCUUCACCCGAAUAUAGUUAAGAUACUCGGAUACUGUGCAACGGGUAAGGAUCGGGUCUUGAUUUACGAGUUUAUUGAGAAGGGGAAUCUCGACCAAUGGCUUUACGACUCGUCAUCAUCGUCGGCGGACGACGGCUAUGAUGUUGAAACAAGGUUGCCUUUAUCUUGGGAUACGAGAAUCAAAAUCAUUAGGGGAGUGGCCGAGGGGCUUGCUUUUAUGCACAUUUCGGAUACACCAAUAAUUCACAGAGACAUUAAGGCCAGCAAUGUUUUAUUGGACGAGAAUUUCGAGGCACAUAUUGCCGAUUUCGGAUUGGCUAGGCGUAUCGAGCAGUCCCACUCUCACGUUUCCACUCAAGUAGCCGGAACGAUGGGGUACAUGCCGCCGGAGUACUUCCACGGCACAAUUGCGACCGUGAUGGGAGAUGUCUAUAGCUUUGGCGUACUAAUGUUGGAAAUUAUCACGGGGAGGCGGCCUAGUUUUCCGUUUCCAGGAGAGGAUGGAAAAGAAGUUCGGUUGAUGGAGUGGAUAAAUAAGAUGGCCAAGCAAGAUCUAUAUAUGGAAAUGGUGGAUGCUAGCAUUUCAAAAGAUGGACUAAAGGAAAGCACGGUAAAGGAGAUUUUCCAAAUUGGUUUAAAAUGUACUAAUGAGAAUUUCAAGUUUAGGCCUACUAUGAAAGAAGUUGGCAAGGAUUUGGAUAAGAUUUUGGCGUCGAACUGAAUGUCGAGGUGGUUAAUCAUAUGCAAGUUAUUAAGUUUUUGUUGUAGUUGGUUGCGCGGUUUCUGAUAUUGGGCAGUGGAGGAUGGUUCUGGAUAUUCUUGGCAGCACUAGGAUGAUAUUCAGUUACCGAAGAAGAUAAAUGGGGCGGGGUCCCUUCUUUCUCUGAUGGCUUUACACUUGAGGUACUGUUAGUCGUGCUGCUCCCCGGUUCCAGGCUAAAGACUGAUAUAUCCGCACUUGUCUGUGCCUCCUGAAAGGUAUCACAAUAGAUUUUGAUAAGAUUUUCAUCUUUUAAUGAUGCUCACCGAUUCUUGGGCUACUGACUCUGAGUGAAGUCAUAACAAGGUAGGGUGUACUCAGAAUUCUUGAGGUUUUCCUACUAAAGAACGGCCUUAAUAUCUAACAAUUUUGCAUUCACAGAUCACAAUUGUUAAUCAUUCGUGCUCGAGUGAGAGUGACUUCAUGAAAAUGUCAACUCAAAAUCUAAGAAUGACUUCAUCUUGUCGUAAAAGUUUUUCUGGGUUUGAUGUUUUAAACUCAAUUAAUUAGUUCAGCAUAAAUUGUUCGACUUUCUUCAUAAGUAAAUGAUAUAUAUACCUGUUUGGAAACA